AUGGGCUCCGCGGCGCCGUGGCUGCCGCUGCCGCUGCUGCUGCUGCUGUGCUCGGCGUCCGUUCGCGCCGGGGAGGCCGACGAGCUGCACUACCCGCAGGGCGAGCACCGCGCCGACUACGACCGGGAGGCGCUGCUGGGCGGCCAGGAAGAAGUGGAUGAGUACGCGAAGCUCAAGCCCGAAGAGCAGCUCCUGCGCCUCAAGGCCAUCAUAAAGAAGAUCGACCUGGACUCCGAUGGCUUUCUCACCGAAGGUGAACUCAGUUCCUGGAUUCAGAUGUCUUUUAAGCAUUAUGCCAUGCAAGAAGCAAAACAACAGUUUGUCGAUUAUGAUAAAAAUAGGGAUGGUCGCGUGUCCUGGGAUGAGUACAACAUUCAGAUGUAUGACCGUGUGAUUGACUUUGACGAGAACAUGGCUCUGGAUGAUGCUGAAGAGGAGUCUUUCAGGCAGCUUCAUUUAAAGGACAAGAAGCGAUUUGAAAAAGCAGACCAGGAUUCCACUCCUGGUUUGAAUCUUGAAGAAUUUAUUGCCUUUGAGCAUCCUGAAGAAGUUGAAUAUAUGACGGAAUUUGUUAUCCAAGAGGCUUUAGAUGAGCAUGACAAAAAUGGUGAUGGAUUUGUUAGUUUGGAAGAAUUUCUUGGUGACUACAGGCGGGAUCCAACGGCCAGUGACGAUCCAGAGUGGAUACUUGUCGAAAAAGAUAGAUUCAUGAAUGAUUAUGACAAAGAUGGCAAUGGAAGGUUAGAUCCCCAAGAGCUGUUGUCUUGGGUGGUACCCAACAAUCAGGGUAUUGCCCAAGAAGAGGCUGUUCAUCUAAUUGAUGAGAUGGAUUUGAAUAACGACAAAAGGCUCUCCGAAGCAGAGAUUCUGGAAAAUCAGGACUUGUUUCUUACCAGCGAAGCCACAGAUUAUGGCAGACAACUUCAUGAUGAAUAUUUCUAUCAUGAUGAGCUCUAACCCCUGGGCUGGGCAUAGUAGAGAAAAAUACCAGCUCCUUUUAUAAUUUGUGACCAGCUUUACUUUUGUGAUACAAUAUUGAUGUUAUAUUUUACACUCCUAAGUCUUACAAUAGUCAAAAUUAUCUUAAUGUAGAAUAUAAUUUUGGCCUUUCAGAAGGAAAACAAAACAAAACCCUGAUUAUUUAUUUCUAAGCAUAUUGAAGAAAUAAGACAGUACUGUGCCAUAACAAAGUCUUUCCUAAAUUUCCAUCUGUUUUGUACUGUAUUGUGGAAUAUUUCAGUUUUGUUUCCAUACUUGAAAAAGGAGGAUUUUAGAAAUGCCUGGAUGAUAUUUACGUAGUCUGUGACAUGAUUAAUUUUUGUCUUACGUAGAUUUAAUUUGGGAACUGACAAAAAGGGAAUUGUUUCUAGAUUUAGCAUUUUGUUUUAAAACCUUGAAAGGAACCUUUAGGAGGACUAAUACCUCACAUAUUAAUGUUGAGAAGUUCUGCUUAAUUUUAAAAUGGUUUCUAUAAAGGGUUUUAUUGUAAGAAAUAGAACUCUAUUUUUGCAUAUGUGUAGAUAGUAAUUAUAUUUAAUGUGUAGCUAGAGCAUUAUGAUGUGUGGAAUUGACACUGUCCAGACUUUCCAUCUUUGACUGAUUAAAAGUGAAAUGUUCUAUCUUUGUAUAUGUUUGUUUUCUUUCAUCAAGAUAAACUUUGAAUUUAGAA